AUGCUUAAUAAGAAGAUAUUGCGUGCAAUUUUGUACCUACUAGUUGCCAUGGUCGCUACGUGUAUUGUGAUAUACACACGUCAUAGGAACGAAACAAUUCCCUUGUCCAGUCUACUGAGUCCUUCUCCUGAACAUGGACAUGUUGUGAUUGAUGUAGGAUUUAAGACAUGUUGGGUUUCUACAAUUUGCACUGAUUCGAUUAAGAGAACCUAUACAUUCUUGGAAAAUAUCUCAAAAGAGAAGGAGUUGACUGAUUCACUACAAAUCAACCACUUGGGGAAAGACCUAUUGGGAUCUAGUAGUUACAUCAAGAAAAUAUUUCCCUAUGAAGUUAAAAUUCCAGUUGAAAUUGCUAACAAAUAUAAAGUUACUCCCAUUUCCCAAUUCUACGUUGAGAACGUGAAUAAUGAUGAUACCCUUACGAGUGACUUUAUUGAUGCUGGCUACGGUUUACACUUCAAAAGAUCCGUCACCAUUUCGCCGUAUACUGAUAUCAACUUUAUUUUCAGUUCUCUGCAGACAAAUCCAACGCCUGGCUGGGAACAGGUAUCCAAGUUUCCAUUGGUCAUCCACAAGUCCGACUUUUAUACCAACGGAACAGAUACCAAUCUUAUAGACUUUAAAAGCACCAAUUACCAUAGUUUGGACCACCAGGUUUACCUUCAUGCGAAGAAAGGAGGGAGUGACAAAACUAAUGUGUCUCUUAAGCCUAAAAAUGGGAAAUUCAAAGUUGCCCAAGUUGCCGACUUGCAUUUACUAACUGGAUUUGGUAAAUGUAUGGAUCCUUUUCCAGAGCUGGAUUAUCCGGUAGAGAAUUGUCUCGCUGAUAGGGACACCAUGUCGUUUGUUGAUGAGCUCUUAGAGAUGGAGAAGCCGGAUCUUGUGAUCCUUACUGGUGAUCAGGUUUUCGGCCCAUACACAUACGACACCGAAACUGCCCUAUUUAAAGCGGUCGAACCAAUGGUGAAAAGAGAGAUUCCUUAUGCUGCUAUACUUGGAAAUCACGACCAUGAAGGGUCUUUGACUAAAUCAGAAAUUAUGGAAUUGUUUGAAAAGUUUGAGUAUUCAUUAACCAAGUCUACUCCAGAUCUAAAUUAUCUUAUCAAUAUAGGUGAUCCGGAGAGGCCAGAUGUGACCCUAUAUAUGUUGGAGGCAGCUAAUAUACGGAACCCAAAGCAGCUAGUGAAAAACUUCACUCCGCAAGGAGAUUUUAUAAGAAACCACCAUUCGGAGGCAGAAUUCAAAAUGGGUGUUUUCCACAUACCGACAAAGGAGUUUCAAGAUGUUCGUUUUAGAGAUCCAAAUUCAUAUUUGGGCUCUUAUAGAGAGUGGGUUAUGGCAAGAAAUAUGGAGGAAGGGUUGUUUCAAGCAUUAAAUGAAGAAGGCGUCAAACUAAUUACAAUUGGACAUGACCAUGUCAACGAUUUUUGUUUUGAAAAUCAAGGUAUUAAUUUGUGUUAUGGUGGUGCAAGCGGUUAUGGAGGAUAUGCGGGGUUUGGAGGCUAUGAACGUAGGAUUCGUUUGUUUGAGUUUGAUACACAGAAAAAAGAGGUUUCAACAUGGAAAAGAGUCCAUCAUGAUAUCGACAAGAUUGUCGAUUUCGAAACUUUUGCCUAUUAG